UUUGGAAGUUACCUUUAUAUUAUUAUUAUUAAGGGAAAAUGUCCUGAAGAUGGAUGGGAUGAAAGCACCAUUGAACUGUUUCUUCAUGAACUUGCUAUAAUGGAUAGCAAUAACUUCCUAGGCAACUGUGGUGUGGGUGAGAGGGAAGGAAGAGUGGCAUCAGGACUCGUUGCCCGAAGGCAUUACAGGUUGAUCCAUGGAAUUGGAAGGUCAGGUGAUAUUUCUGCUGUCCAGCCGAAAGCUGCAGGGUCUAGCCUUUUGAACAAACUUACUAAUUCAGUAGUUCUGGAUAUUAUAAAGCUGGCUGGUGUCCGGACAGUGACCAAUUGCUUUGUGGUUCCUAUGGCAACUGGGAUGAGUCUAACUCUGUGUUUUUUAACAUUGCGGCACAAGAGACCAAAGGCAAAAUACAUUAUCUGGCCACGUAUAGACCAGAAAUCUUGCUUUAAAUCAAUGAUAACUGCAGGUUUUGAGCCUGUGGUGAUAGAAAAUGUAUUAGAAGGCGAUGAGCUACGGACAGACAUUGAAGCAGUAGAGGCUAAAAUCAAGGCUCUUGGUGCUGAAAAUAUUCUUUGUGUGCAUUCUACAACGUCUUGCUUUGCUCCAAGGGUACCAGAUAGGCUGGAGGAACUGUCUGUGAUUUGUGCCAAUUAUGACAUUCCCCAUAUUGUCAACAAUGCGUAUGGAGUUCAGUCUUCAAAAUGUAUGCAUCUUAUCCAGCAGGGUGCUCGACUAGGCAGAAUAGAUGCUUUUGUUCAGAGCUUGGACAAAAAUUUUAUGGUUCCAGUAGGUGGUGCUAUCAUUGCUGGCUUCAACGAGUCCUUCAUUCAGGAGAUCAGCAAAAUGUAUCCAGGAAGAGCAUCUGCGUCUCCUUCCUUAGAUGUCCUCAUUACGCUUCUAUCUCUAGGUGCCAGUGGCUACAAACAGUUACUGAAAGAGAGGAAGGAGAUGUUUUCCUAUCUUUCAAGUGAGCUCAAGAAGCUGGCAGAUAACCACAAUGAGAGACUUUUAGACACACCACAUAAUCCCAUUUCCUUAGCCAUGUCACUGAAGAAUCUAGAUGAAAAUAAUGAUGCUGCUGUUACCCAGCUUGGAUCUAUGCUUUUCACAAGACAAGUUUCUGGAGCAAGGGUUGUUCCCUGUGGGUCUGUACAAACAGUGAACAACUACACUUUUAAAGGCUUUAUGUCACAUGCAAAUGACUAUCCCUGUGCUUACCUCAAUGCUGCCUCAGCAAUUGGAAUUAAAAAGCAAGAUGUAGACAUAUUCCUAAAAAGACUCGACAAAUGUUUGAAGACUUCUAGAAAAGAAGUAAAGAAAGAAAAAAGUGUAAAUGAAAUAAGUAAUUCUAAUACCGGCACAGAACAACUUGAAGACUAGAAGGUACAGAUUUAGUAGAACAGGAAGAUACACUUUUGUUUGAAGUAUGUCAGGUUUGUAUUGGGUUAGCCUUGUGAAUCUGCAGUGCAGAAAAUUUAUUCCUGAUGUGAAAAAACCAAAAGAAAACUUGGGUAAAAUUCAGCUUUAAAGAAA